AAGAAGAAGAAGAAGAACGCAUACCACGUGGCCGGAAGUGUUUCUAGUGGGAACCCGCGAAUAUUACACGAACUGACAGCUCGUCUGUACAUUUAAAAACAAAGCUGAAAAGGACAUUUAGCAGUCAUGUCUAGACAGAUGGGUGACGGACAUAGGCUGUUCCUGCAGAACAUGAUGACCAACGGCAUCGUCAGUGCAGCUCAGGCUGGAAUGCUCCACAAGAAGUGCUGCGAGCUCCAUGGAGGGCAAGAAAAAAUUGAUGAUUUCAUCAAUGUUGUCAACACUCACCUUCAGCCCCUCUUUAUGCAUAUUCGUAAAGGGAUGUCGGAGGAGGAUGGCCAGGAACAUUUUGUUUUGGUAAAUAUGGCAGAGACCGACAUUACACGAAUGGCUGCUGAUUAUGCGGAGAACGAGUUGGAGUUGUUCAGAAAAAUAAUGGAUCUGAUUGUGGAGUCUGAUUCCGGUUCUGCCUCAUCCACAGCAAUUCUAAAUUCUGCUGACAAGCUGAUCUCAAAGAAAUUAAAGAAGAAAGAAGCAGAGCUAGUCUUAAAUAAAUUUGUACAAGACAAAUGGUUAAAAGAGCAAGAUGGUGAGUACACUCUAAGUGUUCGCUGCAUUGUGGAAAUGGAGCCAUAUAUGCGCACAAUUUACCAGGACAUGAUCAAAGUGUGCUACGUGUGCCACAACAUCGCCCUACAGUGCCAGGUAUGUGAAAAUCCAUCAUGUGAAAUCAAGGUGCACCUUCCCUGUGUCGCUCGAUAUUUCAGAGCACGCAGUGAUCCUCAUUGCCCUGCAUGCAAUGAUUUCUGGCCUCAUGAGAUUCCAGAAAUGCAGGCCCCACAGUCACAGAGUUCACAAAACCUGCCUUCCUCAUCCAAAGAGAACACUGCGCCCACACAGACACGCCGGUCAAGACGAGUGUAGCUGAUUCAAUGCUACUGCUGGCUUUUUUUUUUUUUUUUUUUUUUACAAGUGCUUUUUGUCUUAAGAGUUCAGGAUUGUUUGUUCUAUUUUUCUAUUAAAAUAUAUAGAAGCAGUUUGUUUCUUAAUUUCACAUUAUUUUUUUAUUGGAAUUCAUUUUAACUGAAAUGUUAUUCAAAUUUAUUUUAAAUGUUAUCAGCACAUUUGUACAGUUGCUAAGAUUAAAAAGGUUUUGCUAGCACUUUAUUUUGUACGGUCCCUAUAUCAAAUUUUGCUGAUUUAAGUCUGCGAUUGUUAGAAUAUUAGUGAACUUUCAUUGCAUUUCAAGCAUUCAUUAGUGGAUGAAGAAACAUGAAUGUGUUUUACAGGAUUUAUUAAGAUUUGAUACUGUUGUAAGUUUGGGGUAAAAGUAGAGUUGGUGUAAGUUGACACAUUCUUGCAAAGGUUUGUAUAUUAGUAAUAGUAAUACAGAAACAUGUGUAGUAAUGUGUGUCGGUGGAGCAGUAUCAGCAGAUUUGUAACUACUUAUACUCUGACAAUUAGUUGGCAUUAACUUGCGGCGAACAAAAUGUGCAAUAGGAACCAUCAAAAUAAAGUAAUAGCAAAAUUACUGAGAAGCGUGUUGUUUAACCAUUCAGUUGUAAAAAUAAAGAAUUGCUUAAUACUA